AUACAGAAGGCACGUACGAAACAUAGAGACUCUGCGAACGGAAGUAGAAGUGUUGGAGGGCACCAUCUAGUGGACCUCGAUUCUCCCGUCGUAUUUUGCCCACAACGACCUAGCCUUAAACAAUUGUAUACAACAAGACUGAAGACGUUCAUAGAUUACGAGUAUGGCGACUUCAACUACCAAGCGUUUGAUAUCGGUUUGCACUUUGCAGAAUAUGUUGGGGUCGAUGCGAUAGAUUAUAGCAGGUAUCCCGAUAGAACGUUCCAGGAGAAGUGGCUUAGGGUGUAUCUGCGGUCGUGGUACAGUGAGAUGGGGAAGAACCCUGACUCGAUCACGGAUCAACACGUCGCUGAUCUGUACGAGAAAGUGAACAAAUUUGCGAUGGGGGCUCACAUAUACGCGGCACUGUGGGCCUUCAUCCAGGCAUAUCAUUCCAAGAUAGACUUUGACUAUUUGGAUUACGGCAUCAUCCGAUUAACGGAGUACUUCCGCAUGAAGGCGAAAUAUUUGCAUUGAAGAUGCGCUCGCCGGUGCACGACAACCUCACUCCAAGCGACAACGGCUUGUGUCCCGCCACUCUUCGGAGCGUGCACCUGCGCCAUGAAAACGCACGCACACGCUCUCACGCACGCACACUCGGUCAGGGAACCGAGGGUGGGUGGCAGGACGGGGUGGCGUCAGGUGAUCAGCCGUGAUUGAAUUUUGACAUUUUUGCUCUAGGCCCCUUCCAGCUCUCUCUGCGCUCUCGCUCUCUCUCUCUCUCUCUCUUCUCUCCUCUCUC